UUGGUGAGAAGAGAGGAUCACACACCCCCAAUCUACAACCAUCCAUGGCCGCCGCCGCCCUAUCCCUCCUCUCACCCACCCACCUCCGCCGCCGCCUCUCCCCCUCCCACCUCCACNNACCUCCACCUCCGCCCCAACCCCUCCAGAUUCUCGGUCAGAUCCUUCUCCGCCCCGGCCCUCACCCAGGACGACCUCAAGAGGCUCGCCGCCGACAAGGCCGUCGACUACGUCAAGAGCGGCAUGGUCCUCGGCCUCGGCACCGGAUCCACCGCCGCCUUCGUCGUCGACAAGCUCGGCGCCCUCCUCAAGUCCGGCGCCCUCACCGACAUCGUCGGCGUCCCAACCUCCAAGCGGACACAGGAGCAGGCCGCCGCCCUCGGCAUCCCCCUCUCCACCCUCGACUCCCACCCCCACCUCGACCUCGCCAUUGACGGCGCCGACGAGGUCGACCCCAAUCUCGAUCUCGUCAAGGGACGCGGCGGCGCCCUCCUCCGCGAGAAGAUGGUCGAGGCGGCCUCCGACAGGUUCGUGGUCGUGGUCGACGACUCGAAAUUGGUCACCGGUCUGGGCGGGUCGGGCCUCGCCAUGCCCGUCGAGGUCGUGCAGUUCUGCUGGAAUUACAAUCUGGUUCGAUUGAAGGAGCUGUUUAAGGAGGAAGGUUGCGAGGCGAAAUUGAGAUUGGAUGGAGAUGGGAAACCCUACGUGACUGAUAACUCGAAUUACAUCGUGGAUCUGUAUUUCAAGACGCCGAUUAGGGAUUCCGGCGCGGCCGGGAAGGAGAUCGCCGCCCUGGAGGGGGUGGUGGAGCACGGGCUGUUCCUGGAUAUGGCCACGGCCGUGAUUAUCGCCGGAGGCAGUGGGGUGAGCGUGAAGACAAAGUGA